AUGGUUCUGAGGAGGACAUUUACCCUCACAACCUCUCGUUAUUACAGUUCUGCCACUCUCUUUCACGCACCGCACAAUCUCCUUGAUCUGCUUCAGCUCUGCAUAGAACUUCGUGCGCAGAAACUUGCACAGCAAUGUCACGCUCAAAUCCUCGCAAAUGGGUUUGCGCAAAACGCUUUCCUCAGCACCAGGCUCGUCUCUACAUACGCCACGUGUGGAGAGUUAACCAUGUCAAGGCUCGUCUUUGAGUCCAUUGAGGCCAAGAACGUUUAUCUCUGGAACUCGCUUAUUAAUGGGUAUGUGAAAAAUCAUGACUUUAACGAAGCCCUUUCGUUGUUUCGCGAAAUGGGUCGCAGUCAUGAUAAUAGUGUGUUGCCGGAUGAUUACACUCUGGCAACGAUUUCCAAAAUCUCUGGUGAGCUUGAGGACUUGGUUUCUGGAAAAUUAAUUCAUGGGAAGAGUGUAAGGAUUGGGUUUGCGUCAGAUAUUGUUGUUGCCAAUUCUGUGAUGUCAAUGUAUGGGAGGUGUGGACAGCUUGGUGAUGCAAUGAAGGUGUUCGAUGAAAUGCCUCAAAGGAAUGUGGGUUCAUUCAAUGUUAUAAUUUCUGCAUGUGCCGCCUUGGGAAAUUGUACUUCUACUUCCCGUGAUGAUAUAUGGAACUUUUUUCUAAGAAUGCAAUAUGAAGGGUUUAAGGCUGAUGCUUUCACAGUUGCAAGUCUCCUGCCUGUGUGUUGUGGUAGUACUGGGAAAUGGGAUUAUGGGAGAGAACUUCACUGUUAUCUUGUGAAGAAUGGAUUAGAUUUGAAGAUGGGUUUAGAUGUUCAUGUGGGAUCAUCUUUGAUAGAUAUGUAUUCAAGGAGUAAUAAAGUUGUUCUUAGCAGGAGAGUAUUUGACCAAAUGAAAAGGAGAAACAUAUAUGUAUGGACGGCAAUGAUCAAUGGUUAUGUACAGAAUGGAGCACAUGAGGAUGCAUUGGUUCUUCUCAAUGACAUGCAAAUGAAGGAUGGAGUACGACCCAAUAAAGUAUCACUUGUUAGUGUGCUUCCAGCUUGUAGCUUGCUUAAUGGAUUAACGGGAGGAAAACAAAUACAUGCGUUUUCUAUUAAAAUGGAGUUAAAUUAUGACAUUUCCCUAUGUAAUGCUUUAAUUGAUAUGUAUUCCAAAUGUGGGAGUUUGGAUUAUGCAAGACGAGUCUUUGACAGUGGUUCUUACUUCAAAGAUGCUAUCACUUGGAGUUCAAUGAUUUCUGCAUAUGGAUUACAUGGGAGAGGAGAGGAAGCUGUAAUUACAUAUUACAAAAUGCUUCAGCAAGGGAUCAAACCUGACAUGAUAACAGUGGUUGGUGUUCUUUCUGCUUGUAGUAAGUCAGGAUUGGUAGAUGAAGGCAUUAGCAUAUAUAACUCACUGAUGACUAACUAUGAAAUGAAACCAACAGUUGAAAUCUGUGCUUGUGUUGUAGAUAUGUUGGGUCGAUCAGGCCAGCUUGAUCGAGCCUUACAGUUCAUCAAAGAAAUGCCUCUAGAUCCUGGUCCAAGUGUUUGGGGAUCUCUUUUAACUGCCUCUGUACUGCAUGGGAAUUCAAUGACAAGAGACCUGGCUUAUAGGUGUCUCUUAGAGCUAGAACCUGAUAACCCUUCAAAUUAUAUCUCGCUUUCAAAUACAUAUGCUUCUUAUCAAAAAUGGGAUGUGGUAGCUGAGGUGAGAACAAUGAUGAAAGAAAGAGGUUUAAUAAAAGUUCCAGGUUGCAGUUGGAUAACUAUCAGUGGUAAGACUCAUUCUUUUUCUGUUGCUGACAAAGCACAUCCUUCUUCUAGUUUAAUCUAUGAAAUGCUUGAUGACCUUGUAUCAAUAAUGAAAGAUGGUCGUGUUGAUAUUGAUAUUCUGACUUAAAUCUCUGGAUAUUGAUGUGAUGAAAAUCUUGGAAGUGUCGAGUAAACAUUGAAAACUGGCCAGCCAUGUA